AUGGGUGAUCGAAAAAGAAGACGUCGGGAUUCUCGAGAUGACUCAUAUUAUAGUGAUUAUGAUGAUGAUCGUAGAGCUCCUAGGCUCGAGAAUAAUAAAGUUCCUUUCCAUACUGUUUUCUUCUUCAAUGUUCCUUUUUCUGUCAAGAGACCUCAGCUUGAUAAGUUUUUUGAUAGGUUUGGUGAAGUCAAGACCGUGUUUGAAGGGCGAGAUAAAGCCUUUUAUUUUGUCACUUAUUAUAAUCUUAGAUCUGCAAUAAAAGCUGUUGAAGGACAACCGUAUAAUGAGUUUGGAGACAGACCUAUUAGAGCUAAUUAUGCGUUCAAAGCCCAAAAUGGAAAAAAGGAAAAGUGUGUUGCAACAAUCUUAGUCAGCGUCGCAUCUGGUGAGGUCAAUGACUCUGAAGUACAUGAUUCGUUUGUACAAUUUGGUGAAAUACGUUUUAUUCGUAGGGUAGCCCUGAAUUCUUUUGCUGUGAAAUAUUAUGAUCUCAGACAUGCCCAAAAAGCUGUUGAAUGCUCUGAAAAAAUAAAGAUCGGUGAUAAGGAUUGUAAAAUUGAAUUCAAAUACGGCGAGGAUGAUGGUUUAGAACAGGAAGAUUACUUAAAUGAACACGGCCGCGAUAGAGAUCGAAGAGAUAGAGGUCGCGAUAGAGACAGAGAUAGAGACCGUCACCGUGACCGCGAUAGAGAUCGUGAUCGUGACAGAGAUCACCAUCGGAGAGACAGAGAUCGUGACCGCGACAGGGAUAGAGAUAAGGAUAAUGAUAGGGAUAAAGGCAGGCGCGAUAGAAAAGAUAGAGAUUACGACUCUUAUUCUGAUGAUGAAAAAGGAAAUACUAAGCCGCAACAGCCACAGCAACCACAGCCACCGAAUGUUGCUUUCCCACCUGCUUACUAUGCAUUCCCACCGCCUGGAUUCCCUCCAAAUAUGAUGCUUCCUGGAAAUAUGAACCAACAGCAUUCCUUCAACUUCCCUCAGGGUCCUGGUCAGCCACCAUUCCCUGUAAUGCCACCCGGUGCUCCUGGUUUUGGUCAGCCACCGUUUAAUUUUAAUUCAUUUGGAGUUCCUCCUCCAGCAGGACUUCCACCACCACCUCCAGGAUCAUUUAUACCUCCGCCUUAUGGCAUUCCACCACCGCCAUUGCCGCCUUCUUAUCCUCCUGUACUUCAUCCAAAUUCUCCCGGUUCAUCAUCGAACAAACCACCAAUGAAGGAGCCACCGAAGUUCGAUGCACCACCUAACAUGUCUACUUUGAAGAAACUGUUAGGUUCGCGUCCAGAUUAA